AUGGACGACAACAUCUCCACCUUUAUGGCCAUCACUGGCGCAAGCACUGAUGUUGCCCGGAGCUUCCUCGAGAUGACCGCGAGUGACGUCGAGCGUGCUAUCGAACUCUUCUACGAGAAUCCUGACCUAGUGUCUGGCGUAGGAGCUGGUCUGUCUUCAACAGUGCAACCAGCAGCAGCGGCACCUGCGUCGACAUCAGCAGCAGCCAGAGGCAACAUUGGCAGACAAGAUUCGGCGGGGGUCAUCCACAUAGAUAGCGAUGAUGACCAGGAUAUGCAACUCGAUGACUUUAGCGACAAUGGAGACGAUAACGACAGAGCUGUCGCUGCCCAGGCAGCUGCCCUUGCUCAAGAGGAGGAAGACAUGGCGAUGGCGAAGCGCUUGCAGGAAGAGUUAUACCAAGGCAACCAAGGGUCUGGAUCAGGAGUAAACCCAGAUGACGUACGAGCCCCAAUCGCACGGACUACUGAGACUUUGGUGGCACCCGGCUGGGGUGGUGGUGAGAACGACGAUGGAAUGGAGGCCGCUUUCCUCGAACAGUUGAGACAAAGACGGCGGGCAAAUCCACCCAAUCGUGCGGGAGGACCAUUCUCUCAGCAAAUAUGGGCCGACCCGGAACGCCGUUCUACUCAGCCGGCUGAGAAUGGAGCUCAUGCAAGACGACUUGAGGAUUUGUUUCGACCACCUUACGACCUCAUGGCACGAAUGUCAUGGGACGAGGCGCGUACCCUCGGCAAGGAAGAUAAGAAGUGGAUCAUGGUUAAUCUCCAGGAUAUGAACGACUUUAACUGCCAGGCUUUGAACCGCGACAUCUGGAAAGAUCAAGAUGUGAAGGACCUCGUCGCAGAAAACUUCAUUUUCCUGCAAUACGACAAGCAGUUUCCGGACGCCGAGGAGUUUGUCAAUUUCUACUUCCCCAACCAGACACAUGAAAACCCCGAUAAUUAUCCUCAUGUCUCUAUCAUUGACCCUCGAACGGGUGAGCAGGUCAAGGUUUGGACCGGAAGACCCUUCCCUUCCGCUCAAGACUUUCACGCCGAGCUAGCUGAAUUCCUCGACCGCUACAGUCUUGCAGCCAACAGCAAGAACCCAGUAGCCAAGUCCACAGCACGCAAGCCUCAGAGAGUGGACGUUGAGCGCAUGACCGAGGAUGAGAUGCUGGAAAUGGCUUUGAAGAACAGUCUAGAGGGUGCUUCUGGAAGUGGAGGCUCUUCGACAUCUAAUCUUCACGACCCUGAUGCUUUGACUAAAACGCCUGCCCCCGAAGAGACCGGUAAGGGCAAGGAACCUGAAGCGCCGGUUGAGCAGAGUCCUUGGGCCCAAAUAUCUAGCUCAAACCCUCAUACGGAACCUGAAGCUGACCCAACAACUACGACACGCAUUCAGUUCCGACACCCUACCGGCCGUGUCAUUCGCCGAUUCAACCUUGAUGACCAAGUCCGCAGAAUCUACGAAUGGCUCAAGGCCGAGCCUUUGGAAGGCAAGGAAGGGAUUGAGUUCGAGCUCAAGAAGAUGCCAGCUGGCCAGGAUCUCAUUGAGAGUAUGGAUGCGACCAUUGUAGACACAGGACUGAAACAGGGGACGGUUAUGAUCGAGUUCAUUGAAGACUGA